CGCACGCAGGGGCGAGGGAGGCCGGUGUGCAUGGAGACGCGGCGGCGGUGACGGGUCGCGGCCAGUCUCCGUGCGAAGGCGGAGGGCAGGCAGUGCGGCGCACCUCGCUCUUCAGCCAGGAGCAGCCUGACAGCUUCUCUUUUUCCUGCCGUUCGGCGUCGUGCGCUCUUUCCGUCCUUUCACUUUCCUUACUUAUUGACGCGGUUUUUGACCGAUCUCAGAGGAAAAUCAUAAAAAGUACUUUAUGUAGGCCUAUAUCGGUCCUUCUAAGUAGCUGUCAGUGUAAACUUUCCGGGAAGCGAUCUAUCGAUAUCUGCUCAGCAGCAGUCCGGCCGAGCCCUAUAAUAAUCACGGCCGCGGACGCGGUACCGGUGCCCGCGGACGGCUUCUUGGCAGCCGUGAUCGAGAUCAGUCGGGCGGGCGCCGCUGACAUGCUGACCGCGGGCUGUUACUCGGGCUCCUAGGCGUAGUGGGGCCAGCGCGGCGCUGACGACAGGCGCAGGUUUCACGGCACGGCGGCGGCUUUUCCUCCCGGCUGAGGGUCGGUACUUCCUGGUGCUGCAGAGAGAGGCAGUGCUGAGUUAGAGGGACGGAGACAGAAGCGCGGAGACGGGGGGAGAGAGGCAGCCUCACAGCGAGCGGAGAGCGGCAGCUGGCUGCGGUCCAGGAGCUGCUCUGCUCCGCUCUUCUCUGUCAGCCGGCCGCUUUUAUUUUUAUUUAUAAUAAACAUAUUUAUUAGGAUUAUUGGAAUCCGGGGCCGUUUGGCAGCGAGGCGAGGCGGAUUAUUAAGAGCGAUCAUUUUCUUCAAAGCUGCGGGGAAACGUCGCACCAUUUUUUCCCCCUCCUUUGCACGGAUAUUUUCUCUUUCCCCGUUUUAAAUUGAAAUCAAGGCUUUUAUUUUUGAGCCGUUUUAUUGUAAUACCGUCGAUUCGCCGAGGCUAACGGAAGAUGGGCUGUUUGGGUAACAGCAAGACCGAAGACCAGCGCAUCGACGAGAAGGCGCAGCGAGAGGCGAACAAGAAGAUAGAGAAACAGCUGCAGAAGGAAAGGCAGGCGUACAAAGCCACACACCGGCUGCUGUUGCUGGGGGCUGGAGAGUCCGGAAAGAGCACGAUCGUCAAGCAGAUGAGGAUCCUUCACGUCAAUGGCUUCAAUGCGGAAGAAAAGAAACAAAAAAUCCUGGACAUUCGAAAAAAUGUGAAGGAUGCCAUAGUGACGAUAGUUUCUGCGAUGGGCACUUUAAUACCUCCUGUCCCACUGGCUAACCCUGAGGACCAGUUCAGAGUUGACUACAUCAAGAGCAUAGCGCCCCUUUCUGACUUUGACUAUACGCAGGAGUUCUUCGAGCAUGCAAAGAAACUGUGGGAUGAUGAAGGAGUGAAGGCCUGCUUCGAGAGAUCCAACGAGUACCAGCUCAUCGACUGUGCGCAGUACUUUUUGGACCGAAUUGACUCUGUCAGUCAGAAUGACUACACACCAACAGACCAGGACUUACUUCGUUGCCGAGUUUUGACUUCAGGGAUUUUCGAAACGCGAUUUCAAGUAGACAAAGUGAACUUUCAUAUGUUUGACGUCGGCGGCCAGAGAGAUGAACGGAGGAAGUGGAUCCAGUGCUUUAACGACGUCACUGCCAUCAUCUUCGUGGUGGCCAGCAGCAGCUACAACAUGGUCAUACGGGAGGACAACAACACCAACCGGCUGCGCGAGGCACUCGACCUCUUCAGAAGCAUCUGGAACAACAGGUGGCUACGCACCAUUUCUGUCAUCUUGUUUCUCAACAAACAGGACAUGCUAGCUGAGAAGGUCUUAGCAGGAAAGUCCAAAAUUGAAGACUACUUCCCAGAGUAUGCUCGCUACACCGUACCAAGUGAAGCAACUCCAGUUCCCGGGGAGGACCCAAAGGUCACCAGAGCCAAGUUCUUUAUCCGGGAUGAGUUUCUGAGGAUCAGCACAGCCAGUGGCGAUGGCCGACACUACUGCUACCCGCACUUCACCUGCGCUGUGGACACGGAGAACAUCCGCCGCGUCUUUAACGACUGCAGGGACAUCAUCCAGCGGAUGCACCUACGCCAGUACGAGCUCUUGUGAAGCGGCCCAGCGGGACUCUGAGUACUACUGAAGUGUGUCAGAUGCUCCUCCUCAUGCACCUCCUCAUGCUCUCUUGUCCAUUGGGCUUGCUUGUUUUUCCACCUCCUUUUCUCUCCCACCCCACCCUAUUCUUGUCCCCAUUUUAUCGAGGUGAGGAGUGCUUGGGAACACAAUGCUGUCGUUUUUUCCUCCCCAGCACCUUUUUUCGGUGUUGUCAUUCCACUAAGCCUCUGGCUACCUCUUUUUUGUUCAUUUAGGGGGACGGUUUUGUCGUGGGGCUGUGAUGUCAGUGUACCUGGACGAGCCGCUCUGGCCAGUGCUGGGGUGUGUUUAAGGAUCCCCCGCUGGAGCCCUGCCUGUGACAGUGUGUCACCUGCCAGCUUCCAUGUGGGGGCGCCAAACCCCUCAGCAGGCUCUCUGCUUCUCCUCUUUUCAACACUGAAGAGUACUUGAUGCAGGGGGUAGUGGGGGGGAGAUGCAAUUUGCAUCUGGUGACUUAGUAACUUUGAGGAUCCCACCCACA